CUCGACCACCAGUUUAAAUUCCUCCCUCCACUCACUCCUCCCAAAACCUACCAGACCCCUCUCGCUCCUCCAUGGCUUCUUCCCUCUUCCUUCUCGUCGUCUUCCUCGCAUUUAGCAGCAUAAUGAUUACAGAAGCAAAGGAAUUCGUCGUGGGCGGCAAGCCCAACUCAUGGAAAAUUCCUUCUUCUUCCUCCGCAGAUUCUCUCAACCAGUGGGCGGAGUCUAACCGCUUCCAAGUCGGCGAUUACCUCGUGUGGAAUUAUGAUGCCGAGAAGGACUCUGUUCUCCAGGUGACAAAGACGGAUUACCUGACCUGCAAUAUUACAAGCCCCAUUGCCGAGCACAAGGAUGGCGACACGAAGCUGAGGCUUCGCCGGUCUGGAGCUCACUACUUCAUAAGCGGUGUCGAAGGGGCUUGCGUGAAAGGGGAGAAGCUUCUUGUUGUUGUAUUGUCUGAGAAUCACAGAGUUGGAUUCAGGGGUAGUGCGUCGCCCACGCCGGCUCCGGCGGAGUUUGACGGCAGUUCUUCGGCUAUUGCUCCGGCGACUGGCGGCGCGUCUACCGCUGGAAGAGGGCUAUUGGGUGCUGUUUUGGGUUUGGUGAUCGGUGGCAGUGUUGUUGGCCUAUUGGUGGCUUGAGAAGUUUUAUCCCCUUUGUUUAUUUGUUAUUUUUGAAAUUGUUUUAUGUAACGGCUAUAUUGCUCGACUGAAGCUUAAUGAAUUAUU